CUGAAACUAGAUUAAAAUGGCGGCCGAUGAUUACUUGAACGAAAUGCGACGAUACUUUGAAAAUAAUAACCGCACAAAGGACUUCGUUGCUCACACAGCCAAGGUUCAUUCAGUUGCAUGGAGCUCCGAUGGUAGAAGACUCGCAUCAGGAUCUUUUGAUAGAACUGUUAGCAUUUUCGUCUUGGAAAAAGAUCGAUUGACAAAAGAAACAACCUUCAAAGGUCAUGGUGAGAGUGUUGAUCAGCUCUGUUGGCACCCCAGCAAUCCAGAUCUCCUUGUUACAGCAUCAGGAGACAAAACUAUCCGAGUAUGGGAUGCUAGAGCCAGCAAGUGUGUAUCAGUAGUAAAUACCAAAGGAGAGAAUAUAAAUAUUUGUUGGAGUCCAGAUGGGAACACAAUAGCAGUGGGAAAUAAGGAAGACCUUAUUACAUUUAUUGAUGCAAGAACAUUCAAAGCAAGGUGUGAUGAACAAUUUAAAUUUGAGGUUAAUGAAAUAUCAUGGAACAACACCAAUGAUCAAUUUUUUCUCACUAAUGGUCAUGGGUGUAUAAAUAUAUUAAGUUAUCCUGAGUUAAAACCACUGCAAACAUUACACGCUCAUCCUGCCAACUGUAUAUGUAUAAAGUUUGAUCCUAAAGGAAGAUACUUUGCUACUGGAAGUGCCGAUGCUUUAGUAAGUUUGUGGGAUCUGGAUGAGCUGGUUUGUGUUAGAACAUUCUCGAGAUUAGACUGGCCUGUAAGAACGCUCAGUUUUAGUCACGAUGGAGGGAUGCUAGCGUCUGGUUCUGAGGAUCUCAUUAUUGACAUAGCGAUGGUUGAGACAGGAGAGAGGAUAUGUGAAGUACAAUGCAAUGCUCCAACAUUUACAGUAGCCUGGCAUCCUCAGAAACCUCUUUUGGCAUUUGCCUGUGACGAUAAGGACAAACACGAUCGCGAUGCAGGCACUGUCCGUCUGUUUGGAUUACCCACCAACUCCUCUUAGGGUGCAUUUCGACUGAGUGUCGUAAAGUGAAAACCAAAUAUGUACAACAGCCAAUCAGAACAUAGGAUACUAUUCAAAGAGCCAAUUAGAAACGAAAGUAAAUACAAGCGAAUGCCUGAAGCGCGGGAAAACGCUAGUGACGAUUGGUUUUAGUUUUGAAUCUGAUUGGUUGAGAAAGUGGCGCGAAUAUUUUGGACCAGUUACAGAGCGAAGUGAAGCAAAACCAAAGCAAUCCCAGAUGUACUUGCGACACUGGAUUGAAAAUUGCUCCUGGUCAAAUAAUACAUUAGUGAAAUGGAACUUACGUGCAAACGCUCUUAACUUGUUUGAAACAAUUUCUAAACGGUUAAGAAAAGAUGAGAGGAUGUAUCCUCUCUUGGUUAUGUUGUUAUGUAUAUCUGUGCUUUUUUUUAUAGCCAUUUGAUUAUUGCGAAUCGCCGUGCAUUUGUGAAAUACACUGUUGAAUGAUAUUAUUAAAUAUCUCAUGUCGGAAA